UCUCAUGAAUACACGGAUAGAAAUCCGGUCCGCAAAUCCAAAAUCAAUCUGUCUUGAAAUCGAAAACAUCGUUUGUUUUCGAUUUCGUUUCAAAUGUUUUCAAAAACGACAACAUUUUCAUCACAUUCGAAAACAUUUGUGUUCGAAAUCGCCCCCCGCUUUUCUCAAAUUUUCUGAAGCGUAACAACUGUCAAACGCACCCAAAACCGCAACCCAAUUCCAACGCGCGAGUGCGACUGUUUUUGUUUAUGUUUUGAUUUUAGCCAGAAGUGGAAGUGUCAUCGAAGAGAAGGAACAAUUCGUCGCCGUGUGGUUAAUUGACGACCUCCGGAUCACAUUCGGUUCUUCUGCCGCGGAAUGACGGGGACGACCCGUCCUGGUUCUUUGGAAGUCCGCCAGCAUUGCGGCGCGUGGUUCUUGCUCGACGUUGGCCAGCGACACGUAGUUCUUCGGCGAGGAUGGAGCGGCCCGUAGUUUUUUUUCGGCAUUGGCCAGCGGAACGUGGUUCUUGUCCGGCGGGUCCGCGUGUUGACCAGCAGCUCGUCCGACGUCGUUGGCCGCACUUAGUUCGGUUUUCGACAACGACGCCGGCUCGGAAUCACGAGUGCCGUUUCUUGACAACCGCGCCGAACCUAAGCGGCCUUCCGCCGCUUCGAUGUGCUCCCCCAGCGGUGUUUUACUGGCACGAACCGAUGGAUAUCGCGUGGAAUCUCAGCCAUGGGAUUCUAAAGCACAAGUACCACAAGAAGCGGCGCUACUCCAUGAAUUGUGACCUCCUGCUCAUGCCAAGGAGAAGAUAUUGUCCAGCGGAAGGAAAUCAUCAACGAGCCGUUGCCGUUCUGCCGUUGAUUGACGUCCCUGGAAAACUGGCUGCUAACAGAGGAGUAGGAGGUUCCGACGAAGCAAUUCUGAAGACUGCGACGCCGACCUUUUCCACUGGAUCUUCAGCCACCUCGGCAAGAAAAGCGGCCCGGCCAACAUCAACAUCAUCCGUACCAGUCUGGGUUGUUCAACGAUAA